CGCGUAGCAUGCCGAAUUCUCUCUUCCACACAACACUUCUGAGUCCUUCCGAUUCUGUUUAUUUCGCUUAAACACAUAUACACGUUGCUUCUAUGACGUUUUUUUCGCGAUUGUUUCACAUCGGUGUUGAUUUGACACUAUUGUCCGUCUGUUUCGCUGGACUUCGUCGAUCUACUGGCUUAACUGUGAACAGAGAGAAAAUUCAGAACGAUGAGAUACGGAACGCCGUUGCGAAAUACUUAGACUUUGGUGAAUGGACGUUUGAUCAGUCGGCAGUCAUGCUGCGUACAAAAAGCUGGAUGAAGACGGCCUAAACUCGUUUCUACUCAUUUACUAUGACCCUAUAAAAUACAAUUUCCAUUCCUUUUUUUGUUUAAGAGGCUCAUCUAGGUCAUACCGAUAUCGUUACUCUAUUUCUGCUUCUAAGAUUAUAUACUACAUACACUACGCGAUGCUGAAACAAAUACCUGGGUCUGGCUAAACAUUAACAUGAAGUUCCUGAAUGACGGCUACCACCGACAUCAAAAGUCGUUUACUAUGCAUUUU